AGCAGUGGAAUGGACCCGGUAUCAUUAGAAAAUGCUUUAGAAAAAAAAUGUAAAAACCAUGUUUGGUUAGGAUGGAUAUUGUUUCUUACAGCCAGCCCAAUAGUUUUUAAUUCUGCUCAUUUAUCUUCAUAUGUGUUUCUUGGAGGAAACCCGUCUUUUUUCUGCAAUAUCCCAGAACUAGUUGAAGCGAAUUGGACAAAAGAACAAAUAAGAGAAAUCAGCAGUCCUGGAUUGGAAAAACAAAGUUGCAUUCAUUAUGCCUGGAAUUAUUCUUUUCUGAAGGAUUUGAAUUUUGAUGAAGCUCUUAGUUAUUGCAAUUCCAGACAAAAACCAGAUGUUGUAAAAUGUAGAAAUUACAUUUAUGAUGAAGAUACAAAUCACCAGACAAUAGUCAGUGAGUGGGAUCUGGUUUGUGAUGAUUUGCCCCUCAGAUCAACAGCUCAGGGAACUAUUGCAGUAGGGAAAUUUUUUGGAGCUUUGUUCUUUGGCCUGAUUAGUGACAGGUUUGGAAGGAAGAAGACAUUUGCAUUUUCUUGUAUAAUGUACAUGAUAGUGGCCCCUUCAGCGGCUUUUGCAAAUAGCUAUGGAAUGUUUAUAUUAUUUAGGCUGCUCAUUGGAAUCGCUGGUUCUGGAGCCUAUGACUCUGGGUACACAGUCCUAAUGGAACUAACAGUGAAGAAUUACAGAGCGUAUGUGGGAAAUAUAUUCAAUGUAGCUUUUCCAAUUGGGCUUGUGUUUCUCUCAUUGGCCGCUUCUUUCACCAAUAAUUGGAGACAACUUCAAUUAGCUAUCUCCGUCCCAAUAUUUGCACUACUCAUCCAUUGCUGGUUCCUUCCAGAAUCACCAAGGUGGUUGGUAACUUCAGGAAAAUUAAAAAAGGCUUCUCAUUUCCUAGGAAACGUGGCACUCUUAGGUGCUAAUGAGGCUAAUCAACCUGCCCUUUCUAGUUUUAAAGGAAAAUCUAAUUCAUGCUGGAAGAAUGUAUUUUUUUUCUUCAAGGACUACAUAAAACUUUUCGCAACACCUGAACUGACCAAAAGAACUUUGAUAUGCUAUUAUCUUUGGUCUAUUGGAAAUUUAUACUACUACACAAUAGCAUUAAGCGGUUCUAUCUUUGAAGUCAACCAAUAUCUUUACAUUGCACUGAAUGGAGUUGUCGAGCUUCCAGGCUUCUUGCUUCCUCUUCUCUGCUUUGCAUAUUUUGGAAGGAAGAGUUCUUCGAUAGCCCUGUGGACUGUUUCUGGGUUCGUAAUGUUUGGAAUAAUAGUGACGCCACAAGGUUGGCCUAUUAUGUGUGUGACCCUGGCAGCGCGACUUGUCGGAGCUGCUGCGUAUGGUGCUGUUAUGUUUUACACUUUAGAACUAUUUCCAACAGAAAAUCGCAAUACAGCAAUGGGUAGCUGCGUUACUAUGUCACAAUUGGGACCGCUACUAGCGCCAUAUAUUGUGGAUAUAUUGGGAAAGAAAGCCUGGUGGAUUCCCACAACACUCUGUGGUUUGCUUGCACUCCUCAGUGCAUUCUUGUUGACUUUUGUCCCGGAGACCAGAAAUACUCCAAUGUUGGAUACAAUCAAGGAAAUGAAGAAACAUAAAAAACAACCUGUUUUUGAAAAUCUUGAACAAAUCAAAUGAAAUAUUCUUC